UAAAAUGGAAAUGCUUAGUAAUGAAGUAGAUGCAUCCACGACUAGCUAACCAUAAAGCCAUCAGUUACGAGUACAAACCCAUGCAACAGAAAGAUGGUCGCUAAUUCUGAUUCAAUAACCGAGAGGAUGCCAUCGCCAUCGAAGGAUUUCAGAGCAGCACAGCCUUCGCAGCUUCCGAUAGCAGAGGCAACAACGAAAUCGACAGCUUCCGAUGUUCUAUCGUCGGUCGAUAGCAAUGGUCCGUCUGUCAUGGCCGUGUCGAGAUCUGGUUUGAUGAAACAGUCUACAAUCUAUAGGCGCCAUGAAGCCCGCUUGGCUCGGUCCUAUGCUCUUCGGGAUGACCCUCGCCCGGCCUUUCUCCGUGUGUUGUCUGGCUUGCCGGGAUUUCGAAUAAUCAUCCCCCCGUAUCAAAAAGAGAGGAACCAAGAAGCCGGAAAGCAGGACCCAAAAAAUCAACAAAAGGAAACUCACGCUCCAAGAACUGUUAUAGACACAUAUUCCCAAGAAAAUAGUUUUGCUCCUUAUACCAACGUUGCUGACAACGCUGUCGGCUCGACUUUUGGAGAUGCGAAUACCAAUGACAACAUUCGUGCAGUGAAGUGGGAAGAAACGAUGCAAGCCAUGUUGGCAACGGGUGUUUGCUCUGCUAUUGGAGAAUACGUGUUUGCACAUCACAGCAACAUCUCGACAGCAAAACGGGCAGUCCGCAAUUCCAAUACGCUCGGGCCGAUGAUGAUGACAACGACAACCGCAGCCCCCCAAACUCCCCAUUCAAUGCCUUACACUGGAGGUUUUGGCGCACUCAGAGGAGGUUCUCUUGACAUGCCACGUGAAACGAACAAGAAUCACAGAGCAUUAGCUGCGACCAAGUCGAGACCCUCCAAUGUUGCACUUUCGAAGGCCAUGUCUGCUUCCUUUUCAACCUCCCUACUCUUCGGCACUAAGGUGUUCUUAGAUGCUACGAUUAGUGAGCGGCAAUUUGGAAAUGAUGCGAAUCGUUCCAAUUCCACUAYUGUGAUGGGUAGCCUUGUAUCUUCAGCUACUGCUGGUGGAGUUAUUGGGUUGAGUCAACUUGCCUCUUUGCAAAUCAAACAUCGACGAGAUCCAUCGUCUUUUUCUGUCGCUCAGAACCAUUAUCUUACCAGCGAUGGUUCUUCAAAAUUAAUCGGACGAAAUGUGCUGGCUUCUCUCCUUUAUUUUUCGAUUUACGAGGCUGUAUCUUUCUUUGCGAGCACGCAAACAAGCACCAGCAUCCAUCCACGCGAUUCCAUUUCGUUGUCAAAUGGCAAAGCCGGAGGGGAAAAGGGAACUCUAAGCAUAGUCAUGGGUGGCGCUUUCGCUGGAGUGGCACAGGCCGGGACCAUGAAUUACCAUCGAUACGCUCGGUAUGGUAGCACGAUAUGGUGGACCCGGGUUAUGUUUCCGGCUGCUUCGCKUUCGGCACCAAUCCAUGCAUUGGUGUUUUACGGGUACGAAAAGAUGAAGGAGGGCAUUAAAACUGCACAUCGAUAAUACCAAAAAUUCUGAGUACAGAUUUCAUGCUCCUAAAGAGACUUUGGCGUUGGAUGGGAAUAAAUCCCUCUAGCACAAUUUCCCGGGAACACCAUGAAAGAGGCACCGCAUACCGUUGUACUAUGAACAACAAAAAUGAAAAUAUCUACUAGAACGCUAUGAACGUGCGUUUUGUUCUGAGUACAUUUCCGAACAGCAGCAGUGGGACAAAUACAAUAGAUACAUACUACAUUUAAAGCAUGAUACUAAUAGAAGCUACAAGAACGA